AUGGGCUACGCCGAGUACGACCCAAAGAAUGUUCGGCUCCAUGUGGUGGCUCUAAAAGCGUUUCUUCUUGGCGCGGUGAUUCUGGUUUCAGCGGUGUUUUUGGCGUUCAAUUUCAAUGAAAACUCGUUUGGUUCUCGAGCGGCUAUAUAUAUCCUCGCCAAUGGCAUCUUCUAUAUGCUUGAGUUUCUUACCACGGCGGUGUAUAAUAAUGGGACGGUGGAGGAUGAUCUGUUUAUUUUGAACGAUAUGGAGCUUCAUGCUGUGCAUGUGGCGUCGUUGGCGGAGGCGUGGUUUUUGCAUAAACACUGGAGGUAUAAUGUGGUUUCGUUUUGGACAGGUCUUGUGGUGUUGCUCGUGGGCCAGUUUUGCAGAACGUUUGCCAUGUAUACGGCGGGGACGUCGUUCCAUCAUUACGUCCAGAAAGAACGGUCUCAGAGACAUGUGCUUGUGGAGAAGGGUAUCUACAGCUAUUCAAGACAUCCAAGCUACUUUGGGUUCUUCUGGUGGUUUCUAGGGUGCCAGUUACUCCUUCAGAACGCUUUUACAACGGUGGUGGGUACAUAUAAACUACAAAGGUUCUUUGAGGCACGAAUCGAAUACGAGGAAGAGUUUCUAGAGUCCUUCUUUGGCGAUAAGUAUAGAGCAUACAGGCAGCGGACAGGGACGUGGAUCCCGUUCAUAGCAUAA